AUGAAAGACUCCCUUGGUAUGAUCCAGACCAUGCGGGAUGACGCCAGCCUCUACAAAUGCUACCGGGACCUCAAGGAGGAAGCGGAAUCGCUCGCCCGCAGUCCAGGCAACUUCAAAGCGCUCUGGAAGGUCCUCAUCAGCUCCAUGAUCGUCUGGGAGCUCAGCGGGCGCACCGUCUGCCACUCGGGGACAAUUCCUCCACCAACGCAAAUCCAGAGUGGCAAGUCGGGGGGCUACAGGGGGACCAUCUUUCCCGACAUCCUUCUUCGCACGAACCACCGACACCCGGGCUCCACCAGGGCAUUAGAGCGACGUGAUUUCUGCUAUCCUUUGCUUGGCGAACUCAAGCGGUCGAUUCCUCAAAGCCUCCUGGACGAUCCGUCCAUGCUCAGCAAGGGCAAGCCUGGCUACAACGCCCUUAGAAGGCUCCUAAAGUCCGCGGCGAAUCAGGUCAUCCAUCAGGCUAUUCUUGCGGCACUCGGAGACUACAUCGCCCCAUCUACGCUUCAGCUCGUCAUCGCCGCGGGUUCUUUCUGGUCCCACGCUGUUGUUGAUGGGGUCGCAUUCCGCACGGCCGUGAGGGCUGACAACAGCCUCACGGAGAGGACCACAGCCAUCGAACUCGCCUUGAUCAAUUCUCGGCAGGCGGACGGAUAUGAAGAAGGUCUGGCAGUCGAUGAUCUCCACCGAGCUGGAGACUGGAUCAGUAGCCUUCUGGGGAUGGAUAUGGAGCUGCGGCCGACAGGCGACCUGCCAGAGUACUUGAACGACCUCGUGACAUGGGAGCGCGUGACCGUCUUGGAUAGCGAAGCUUCGGACAAGGCAUUGGAUGCAGUCGCUUCUUCCGUUAGACGCACCAUGAGAGAGAUGGUCGAUUCGCAUUGCAACCCGUGA